UUAUUUCAUGGUUUAAGGUAUCUGUUUGGUCAGGAGGUGGAUGGAACAGCCUAUGUGGUAUUUGGGGUCAUCAAAAAGGACCAAAGUAAGCAGAGUUUUCCAGACUCUCUUCAGAGAGUCCAGAUUGAAAAUGGUGAAGGAGAGGUGAGACUGAGGAGGGAAGACAUAACAAAAGUUGAGAGGGACAUCAACAGCCUUGUAGGGGGCGCCAUAUUUGUAUCUGUCAGUGUGCUGACAGAAAGUGGUAGUGAAAUGGUGGAGGCUGAGCUGAGAGGUAUCCAGAUUGUUACAUCACCCUAUACGAUCCACUUUAAAAGAACUCCAAAAUAUUUCAAGCCAGGAAUGUCCUUCGAUGUUGCGUUACAGGCAAUGACCGAUGACAGAAUUCUUACACCUGAUAAACAAGCAAGAGCAGAGAUGACAGCAAGACCGUACCAGAGCAAGACCAGAACUUUUAUCCACAUAGGUGUGGAUGCAGCUGAGCUGAAAAUAGGAGACAAUCUAAAAAUCAACCUCAAUCUCAACCAGCAGCCAAAUCAAAAUCAUGACAUCACAUAUCUGAUCCAGAGCAGAGGUCAGCUAGUGAAACAUGGCCGUUAUAAGACAAGAGGCCAAGUACUGAUUUCCCUGAUACAACCAAUCACCAAAGAAAUGCUGCCAUCGUUCCGCAUCAUAGCCUACUAUCAUACAAGUUCAAAUGAAGUGGUUCCUUUGCAAGAUUCAAUCACAACCUGGCAGUUCACCGGCAUCAGUCUGUCAAGAACUCACGGAAUCUGUGUGGGUGAUCCAUUUGAAGUCAUUGUCAAGAAGGAUUUCUUCAUUGAUCUCAGGCUGCCUUAUUCUGCUGUCCGUGGAGAGCAGAUAGAAAUUAAAGCAAUCCUCCACAACUACAGCCCUGAUCUUAUCACUGUACGCAUUGAAUUAACUGAGGAGGAGCACGUGUGCAGUUCAGCUUCCAAACGUGGUAAGUAUCGCCAGGAGGUCACUGUUGGGCCAGAGACCACACGAUCUGUCCCCUUCGUCAUUAUUCCCAUGAAGGAGGGAGAACGGCGCAUUGAGGUUAAAGCAGCUGUUAAGGACUCAUAUCUCAAUGAUGGCAUCAUGAAGAUGUUGCGGGUGGUGCCUGAGGGCGUACUGGUUAAACAUCCAAAGAUCGUGACUUUAGAUCCUGUUAAGAAAGGAGAAAAUGGUGUACAGAACGAACUUCUUAACAGUGGAAUUCAAAGGAAAGAUUUGGUUCCAAACACACCUACUAGCACACAGAUCUCUGUGACAGGGAGAGAACAAGUAUCUCAGCUGGUGGAGAAUGCCAUUGGCGGCAACUCAAUGGGUACUCUAAUCAGACAACCCUCGGGCUGUGGAGAGCAGAACAUGAUCUCAAUGACCCUGCCUGUUAUUGCAACCUUGUAUUUGGACAAAACCAACCAAUGGGAAACUGUGGGCUUUGAGAAACGUAAUGAAGCUCUCCAACAUAUAAAAACUGGUUACACAAAUGAGUUGGCCUUCCGUAAAAAUGAUGGAUCGUUUGCUGCAUUUGUUUCUCGCCCAGCUAGCACCUGGCUGACUGCCUAUGUUGCCAAGGUGUUUGCAAUGGCCCAUCAUCUGGUUGCAAUACAAGAUAAUGUGAUCUGUGAUGCUGUCAAGUACCUUAUUCUCAGAGGACAACAACCUGAUGGUGUUUUCAAAGAAUUUACAGCUGUAAUCCACGGAGAGAUGAAUGGUGAUGUGGCCGGCUUAGAUUCAGACGCCUCCAUGACAGCUUUCUGCCUCAUUGCAAUGCAAGAGUCACGCUCAAUAUGUUCCGACACUGUCAAUAGUCUCCCAGGCAGUAUAGACAAAGCAGUGGCCUACCUGGAGAGGCGCCUGCCCAGCCUC